AAGCAUGCCAUUUCCCUUUGGCAAAUCACACAAGUCUCCUGCAGACAUAGUGAAGAAUUUGAAAGAAAGUAUGGCAGUUCUAGAAAAACAAGAUAUUUCUGACAAGAAGGUAGAAAAGGCUACCGAAGAAGUUUCAAAAAACCUAGUUGCCAUGAAAGAAAUCUUAUAUGGCACCAAUGAAAAGGAACCUCAGACAGAAGCUGUAGCUCAGCUUGCUCAAGAACUAUACAACAGCGGUCUUCUUAGCACCCUAGUAGCUGAUCUACAACUCAUUGAUUUUGAG